AUGCCUGGCGUCCGAGAGACGACACAAGCACCUUCAACUGCCACUAAGACGUCGACCCCUGCAACGGCGAUUUCUGCAAGCCAAGGUCAAGUCACAGUUGAUGAUUCUUUAGUCCUCACCCAAGGCGAUGCUGCGUUCAAAUCAGGUUCUGUCCUGCCGCUACCCCCAGAGUAUCCCGAUAUGCUCCCAUCAAAUUUGAAAUCAGGCACUGAGGAUGAACCCCUGUCUAGCUUUGAAAAGUUCAUCAGCCACAGUGGCCUGGUACCUCUACUUGGCGAUUCUGGGCCGAAUAGGUUUAACAAACAUGAACAACUUGGAAUCGCACACCGUUCAGGCAAUUUAUCCCAUGAAUCACAACGCGAUACACAGUCUGAUCCCAUUCUGCCUCCAGAUUUGCAAGACGUGGGCAUUCGCUCUGACACUAACAUGGACCAUCAAGAAAAUAUAGACCCGUCGGAUCCUACGUUCCAAGUUUAUCUCAUCCGGAACCCCAAUUUUGUCCCUCCUUCAGCACAGACUGCAGUUAGAUACUUGAAGUCGUUCAUGAGAAAUAGUAGAUUUGAAGCUUUUCACCCUCGUGCUGACAUUGACCGUCUACCUGUCGUCACGCGUCUAGCUAGACUUGCUAUAGGAGCAUGGCAUCUCUUUGAGGCUGAUAGCGCGAUGCUACUCUUUAGAGCAAGCAGACACAUGGCCUUGGAACUGUGGACGGCGUCUCACCUUGACGGCGCCUUAAAUGAGCAGCAAAACCACCCUGUCGACCUAGCUAGCGCAUUUAUAUUACUCUUGGAGUUCGUCAAGCUGGCGCAACCGGCCGACGUAUUCCAGCAGCUCCAGAUUAUGCAGAGCUGUCUCGUCAGUUUUCUUAAGCCUAGAUCACGGGAAAAUGAAUCUGAACCCGCUUGGCGUGACAGGAUUGACGCCGAAACUAGCCAGGAAACACAGGCCUUCGGGUUUCUCUCGAUAGUGUCAAUUCAAUCCAUCUGCAGUCCUCAAACUCUCGUUGCCUUGGAGACCCUCAAUCUAAGAUUUCCAUACUCAGAGACGGUAUGGAACUCGACCAAACCUGUCGCACUCAGACAAGAACCUGAAAUUGGCCAAGUUUAUUCUGGCACUGUGGCUCAAUUAAUUGACAGCCUCUUCUCCAAGGCCGGGCCACGACAAGAUGUCCAACUCGAAGACUUGCCCAUUCAAUCUCUUUUCAUUCUAGCCGCAGCCCUCUUGCAUCGAGUUACCCUGCUAAGUCAGAUGCCAACUAGUGUGUUGUCAGACGACCUCAUUAUCGUGGAGUAUAGACGUCUUGUCGAAAUCGUGGCGGGAUGUCGUCGAGUCCUAGUCACGGUGAAUUCUUCGAGCGUGCUUGUUGAUGAGACUGAGGUCUUGCUGCAGCUCGCGCUUACGCGGGCCGUUCUCCACACUGGCCAUGUCCAAGUGCAGACGAUGUACACACCAGGUCCAGCCAAGCUACCAGCUCUAGAGCAAGGCGGUCCUGGGCCAUACCAAGCCCUUGCAUUGAGCUCCUGGUUUGACAUGAACGAACUGGCCCACUAUCUAGAAGAACCUGCAAACACUGGCGUCACUUUCUUCAUACGUUCUCAGGUCAGUUGCUGGAGCCUUGAAAAGGUCAUGACCGUUUUCGAGUCAAUGACAAUUCUGGCCUCCUGGAUCUGUCACUUGAAUGAUAGAAAUAUGUCAUCUCAAGGCAAGUUUGAGAUUAUGCAUCCUUCAAGCACUGUCGAUGCUAACCGUUGA